AAGGGAAAGGUAAAAUGGCAAGAAUAGCUCCAAUGUGGUUCUUGCUUCUGAAUUUGUCUUGUUUCUUUCUAACUCAUCAUACUUCUUAUGGUGAGAACUUGCAUAUUCCAAGAACAAGGACUAAUAUUAUUUCUCAUGGCAAUCAUCAUGAAGCUAUGGUUAGAAUGAAGGCAUUUAAGGCCUCUCUUACUAACCAUGACUCAAUUGCUUCACCACCAUCUUCCUUCUCACCUUCUCCUUCUCCUCUUCCAUUACAAGAUCAGAAGAAACCACAUGUGUACCUUGUGACAUCAUAUGGUGCUGAUCCAACAGGAAAUUCUGACAGUACUGAAGCUAUUCUUGAAGCCAUUGGAGAUGCAACCAAAGUUCCAAGUGAAUGGUCCUUGAUGAAGGGCAUAAAAGACCUUGGUGGUGCCCAGAUUGAUCUUCAGGGUGGAAAUUACAUUAUUAGCAAACCAUUGAAGAUGCCAGUGGGGGUUGGAAACCUUAUGAUACAUGGAGGAACCAUAAGAGCCUCAAACACUUUUCCAAAUAACGGACACCUCAUAGAUCUGUCAACUUCAAGUGAAACCAAGAAAAGUUCAACUUCAUCAUCCUACAACUAUGAGUUCAUAACAUUCAAGAACCUCUUGUUGGACUCAAACUUCAGAGGAGGGGGCAUUUCCGUAAUUAACUCACUCAGAAUCAACAUUGAAAAUUGUUACAUAACACAUUUCACGACCACCGGAAUUUUAGUCCAAGGCGGCCACGAAACCUACAUAACAAACUCAUUCCUUGGCCAGCACGUCACCGCCGGCGGCAACAAAGACGAACGCCAUUUCUCCGGCACCGGAAUAAGCCUUCAUGGGAACGACAACGCCGUCACGGACGUCGUAAUUUUCUCUGCCGAGAUUGGAAUAAUGGUAACCGGUCAAGCCAACACUUUUUCCGGCGUGCAUUGUUACAAUAAGGCGGCGGGUUUUGGCGGCACGGGGAUUUAUUUGAAGCUACCGGGUUUAACACAAACUAGGAUUGUGAAUUCUUACAUGGAUUACACUAACAUUGUUGCUGAAGACCCUGUCCAAAUUCUGAUUUCUAGUAGCUUCUUCCUUGGAGAUGCAAAUGUUGUGUUGAAAUCUAUCAAAGGCGUUGCCAAUGGUGUUACAAUUGUUGAUAACAUGUUCUCCGGAUCGAAUAGCGGCGUAGAAAUCGUGAAGCUGGACGAAUCGAAUUGUCGUUUCGAUAAAAUCGAACAGGUUUUAGUUGAUGGAAAUAUUGUUGAUGGUAUGAAUUUGAAGGCGACGGCUGCGAAGAUUUCUGUGCAUGGGAAUGGAACAUUAUGGAAAGCUGAUUUUAACGAUAUUCUUCUUUUUCGUAACCGAAUUAAUCAUGUUCAGUACUCGCUAAGCGCUGCGGGGAACACGUUCCCGAAUCAUGCUCUGAGGAAUGUGUCUGAGAAUUGUGUUGUGAUUGAAACAAGUGAGGUAGUAACUGGCAGUGUUUUUGUCACGGUGGAUCAAGGUGUUGCAACAUGAACAAUUCAAUUGAGGCUCACUCUUUCGCUUAAGCAAAUGUUGGAAUUUAAAUUAUACUUUGUAUAUAUAGUAAGAGGGGUGUUAGGGGAUUAGCAAUUUCCGUGAUGGAAAAGUAUAGAUAAUUAACAAUAUUUUUAAACAAUGUGUGAACAAUGUGAAUUAAUAGGGUUAAAAGAGUAAAUUAAUCUUAAAUUUAAUUAGUAGGUUAAAUUAGGGUGUAGUGUAUUUUUAUUUGAU